AUGUCAGACACAGAGGAACAGAUCUCGAUGCCCGCUCCGGUUUCGGCAGAGGAGCGAGAGGCCAACGACAAGCUCAAGGCGCUCCUCAUCAACGACGAGGGCGACAUCAGCGACAAGCUCGAAGCCGCCCUGCUCCGCAUCUUUGCCCGCUUCUCGAGCAGCUACCGCAAGGCAAACCCCACCCUCGACGCGCACCAACCCUCGACCUCACUCCCACGACCGUCCAAGGACGACACGCUGACCGCCUCGGAUCUCGAUGACUUCGCCAUGGCCACCAACGGAUCAACCUUCCCGGAGGAGGCGAAGGAAGAGAUCCAAGAGUACCUCGACACCGACGACGACGGCAACCUCACCUUCCGCGGCUUCUGCGAAAUGUUCCACCUUCAGAGCGACAAUGAGCCAGAAGAGACGUGGAGGGAUCUGAAAACGUGCGGCUUCAACGACAAGCUUGACUUCAUCGGCGUCAAGGCGGAGGCAAAGGAGCAGCAAGAGGUGAACAAGAUCGGGGAGGAACAGGCAGAGGCGACGGCGGCGCCAAGUAGUGAGACUGAGAAAUCAUCCUAG